GCUCCUUCUCUUUUUUAUUUUAUUUUUCUUAAAUCCUAACGCUAAUAAUCACGACCUGGUCAACCUCUUUUCUGUUUUUUCUCUGUUUAAACCGCUCCUAAUAAGAACACUUUGCUAAGCUUUCCCUCCUCUGUCUCCCUAUUCUCUCUUUCUCCUCUUCACGCAAACAAACACUAACAGGAAAUAAUGACAGUGUUUGGCAGCUCGGGAGCUGGAAAACAGGUCUUCCCUAUAGAUUACCAGGCUGAAGUUCCGCAGCGUCUCGUUGAUGCCUCGCAUGCUAAUGACUUGAAGUUGGCCUGUGAUUGUCUCGGCGAUGAUCCCUUUUUGGACGUUAACUUUAUUGGGACAGUGAGCCUGAAGGCAAAGAAAACAGAGGUCUUAUUGCGCGAUGAAUCCCCACAUGAAGUUCGUGUUGAGUAUGAGGAGUUCAAGACUGAUGUCACUGCUCUGUUUCUUGCCGCUCAUAACGGGAAUUUAACUCUCCUCAGGAAGUUACUGAGUGUUGGGGCAAAUGUAAAUCAGAUGCUGUUUAGAGGAUAUGCCACAACAGCAGCAGUAAGGGAGGGCCAUUUAGAUGUAUUAGAGGUGCUUAUGAAAGCUGGGGCAUCUCAGGAGGCAUGUGAGGAGGCUUUAUUGGAGGCUAGCUACCUAGGGCAGGCCAGACACGCAGAGCUGCUCAUGGGGUCUGACCUGAUACGACCACAGGUUGCUGUUCAUGCUCUUGUCACUGCUUGCUGCAGAGGGUUUGUCAAUGUAGUAGACACUCUCAUUAAGUGUGGUGUGGAUGCCAAUGCAAUUGAUAGGGUUCUUCUUCGAUCUUCAAAGCCUUCUCUGUAUGCCAACGUUGACUGUAAUGCACUUGCUGCUGCCGUCGUUAGUCGACAGACAUCAGUAGUCAGAUUGCUGCUACAGGUCAAUGUCAGGAUGGACAUCAAGGUGAAGCUGGGAGCCUGGUCUUGGGACAUGGACACAGGCGAAGAAUUUCGAGUUGGUGCUGGAUUAGCUGAAGCUUACCUUAUUACCUGGUGUGCGGUGGAGUAUUUUGAAGCUAGUGGUGCUAUACUACGCAUGCUCCUCCGUCACUUCUCUCCCAACAUCCUUCACUUUGGGAGGUCUCUAAUCCACCAUGCUAUCCUAUGUAACAAUGCAAGAGCAGCAGAGGUGAUACUGAACUGUGGUGCAGAUAAAGAAUUUCCAGUUAAAACAACUUCAAAAAAUGAUUGGCGUCCUGUUCAUUUGGCUGCACGUCUUGGAUCAGUUAAAGUUCUUGAACAGCUGAUAGUUGCUGGCUGCAAUCUCAAUUCUAGAACAGAUUCUGGAGAAACCGCUCUUAUGGUUUGUGCAAAAUAUAAGCAAAAGAAUUGCCUAAAAGUGCUGGCCUCUGCUGGUGCUGAUUUUGGUUUGGUUAACUCAGCCGGUCAGUCUGUUAGCUCAAUUGCAAUGUCAACCAGAUGGGCACUUGGCUUCCAAGAAGCUGUGGUAACCGUGAUUCAAGCUGGGAAGAAUAUCAAGUCGAGCAAUGCCUCUGUAUUUUCUCCCCUGAUGUUUGUAAUCCAGGCAAAUGAUAUCGAGGCCUUGAAAAAGCUCAUUGAGCGAUCAUAUAUUGAUCUCGACGAACAAGAUGAUGAUGGAUUCUCUGCUGCUAUGAUCGCUGCAGCAGGUGGUCAUGUUGAAGCUUUCAGGCUACUUGUUUAUGCAGGAGCUAACAUAAAGCUAGAAAACAAAUACGGAGAAACAGCAAUUCGCUUAUCAGAGUUAAACCACCAUGAUGAAGUAAUUGAAAAGGUGAUGCUAGAGUAUGCCCUUGAAGAAGGGUAUGACUAUUCUGCUGGUAUUCAUGCUCUGCACCGCGCAGCCCGGCGUGGAGACUUAAACCUGGUUUCCAUGCUGGUUAAAAGAGGCUACGACAUCAAUGCAUCUGAUGACGAUGGAUACACCCCACUAAUGCUAGCUGCAAUGGGAGGCCGCAGUCGGAUAUGUCAACUUCUGAUCUCAUGUGGGGCAAGCUGUGAUAUUGAGAAUGCAAGACGCGAGACAGCACUCUUGAUUGCAAGAAAGAAUGGUUAUUAUGGAGACGAAACAGAAAGUGUAAUAUUAGAUGAACUAGCGAGACAACUUGUUUUGGGCGGAGCUCGUGUUAAGAAGCAUACAAGAGGUGGCAAAGGAGCUCCUCACUAUAAAGAAUUGAGGAUGGUGGGUACUGCGGGAGUGCUGCGGUGGGGCAAGUCGAGCAAGAGAAAUGUGAUCUGCAGGGGGGCUGAGGUUGGCCCUAGUUCAAAGUUUCGGUGGAAUCGACGGAGAAAAUUUGAUGUUGAAGACCCUGGAAUGUUCCAUGUUAUCACUACAAAGAACAAGGAAGUGCAUUUUGUAUGUGAAGGUGGGACUGAAAUGGCUGAAUUGUGGGUAAGGGGAAUCAAACUUGUGACAAGGGAAGCCAUCUUUGGCAAGAAGAAAAGUGAAUUGUGAAAGGUGAAUUAGGAAGUUCCUUUGCUAUAUAGUUUAUGUAGAGAAGCCAAUAGCAAAUGCUGCAUUUACUACUAGUAUCACUUUUUUUAGCAAUCUUCUUUAAUCAUCCAUUGUAAAGAUUUUGGAUUUCGAAUAUCUAGAUAUUGGAGCUUUAAUCCGUUUUAAGGUAAAAGAAAAUUACAUUAAA